AUGAACUGCCAAACCCAACAGCAUGAUUCCUGCCCAAAGAGGCAAAAUACCUCGGGCGAUACAAUACGAUCCAGCCCACAACCUGAAUCCGGUGCAGACUGGUUUCUCGAGCAGUGGUUGCAAGACACCACUUCGCUCGACCCUAAUUGUAGCACAACCACCAAGCGCCGGAGACGACGCAAAUCACACACCUCCAGGACAUCCAGGGCGUCCGGCGUCUCUAACAGCACAGCGCAGCGGUCGGGGUCGCGUUCUACUAGCCCGGCUAAGACGACCACCGCGCUGAGCAAUCUCGACAAACCCGUGCGCUUCCCGGCCAUGGCAGAAAAUGCAUUAAGCCAGUUGUCGGUUGAUGUGCGCGGCCUGUACAAGCGCGUCCGAAAUAUCACUGUACACCACGAAGCGUUUAUGCCUCUCUCAAUUCGAGAAGAUAUUGAUAGUGCUGCCGGCUGCCGCCACCGAAAGACAUGGUUUUACAGGGACGCGGGAAUAGCUGAGGUGGGAAGCCGCCGGUUGGACCGUGACAAUGACCAUGAUGACCACAUGGAUGGUAACCACGACGACGACGACGGCGAUGACGACGAUGACGACGACGACGACGACGACAAGCCACCUGGACCGUCAUACCCUGAGCGACGGCAACGGCGUCAGCCGAGCCCCCGCAUGGCCGCCCUUACCGAAUUGGACAUGCUCGUCGACCUUAUCGCUGCGGCAAACAGCUGCCGCGUACUCGGCCGACAAGAGGCCACAUGGAACAUGGAGGUCCACAACCCGCUCUUCCGCCCUGCCCUCGACCGGCCAGACUGCGCCCACGUACUGGUCGAGGCCGUCACUCACGCAUCCAUCGCACCACCCUUCCUCCCGCGUUGGAAGCAGCCCGCAGUCGCAUUAGACGGGACGGAAGCCCGCAGCGAGACGGUCGACUCUAAGAGACUCGACUUUGUCCUGGCAUUGUUUGUAGACCCGGGUUUCCCGAGGGAGCAGUAUGGUUGGCCCGGGCGACAGCGGGAGACGGACUCGGAGCUGGCGGAGGGAAUUCGCGAGGCUGUGGCGGGCAUGCCGAUAUCCUUGGGGGUGAACCAACUGGCGUAUGCGCCGCUGCGGUACUCACCCAUUGCGAUCGGGGUCGAGUCCAAGACGGGCAUGAGCAAUCUCGAGGAAGGACGGCGACAGCUUGGGGUUUGUACGGCGGCCUGGCACCGGCGGAUGCACGCUCUCAUGGAGCAAAGGACUCAUAUGCAAGGGAAAAAUAUUGUGACGUUGCCGUUGCUGCAUAUUGUAGAGCACGAGUGGAGGUUGAGUUUCGCCGUCGACGCUGGGGAUGCGAUUGCGACACUAGGACCAUCGCCGGUAUGUACAUGA